CUGGGCUUACCUGAGCAUUGCAACCCGGCAGUUGCCGUUCUGGGGCCUGGGUGACGACAGGAGGUCCGAGUGCAGGUUGGGGUGGGAGUCGGGAAGAGGCUGGGUGGCGGGAUGAUGGAGGAGGAGGAGCUGGAGUUCGUGGAGGAGCUGGAAGCCGUGCUGCAGCUCACGCCCGAGGUGCAGCUCGCCAUCGAGCAAGUAUUUCCAAGCCAGGAUCCUCUAGAUCGAGCAGAUUUUAAUGCUGUUGAGUAUAUCAAUACUCUGUUCCCAACAGAGCAAUCUCUGGCAAACAUAGACGAAGUCGUGAACAAAAUUAGACUGAAAAUAAGGAGACUAGAUGACAAUAUUCGAACUGUUGUGAGAGGUCAAACCAAUGUAGGGCAGGACGGAAGGCAGGCACUUGAAGAGGCUCAGAAAGCUAUUCAACAACUCUUUGGCAAAAUCAAAGAUAUCAAAGACAAAGCAGAAAAAUCGGAGCAAAUGGUUAAAGAAAUCACCCGUGAUAUUAAGCAGUUAGAUCACGCCAAGCGCCACCUGACCACCUCCAUCACAACACUGAAUCACCUGCACAUGUUGGCAGGUGGCGUCGAUUCCCUCGAAGCCAUGACCAGGCGAAGACAGUACGGAGAAGUUGCUAAUCUUCUUCAGGGUGUAAUGAAUGUUCUGGAACACUUCCACAAGUACAUGGGCAUUCCACAGAUCCGGCAGCUUUCUGAAAGAGUGAAGGCUGCACAGACUGAGUUAGGACAGCAAAUCCUGGCUGAUUUUGAAGAAGCAUUUCCUUCCCAGGGCACCAAGAGGCCAGGAGGACCCAGCAAUGUCCUACGAGAUGCAUGUCUGGUUGCUAAUAUUUUGGAUCCCAGAAUCAAACAGGAAAUCAUCAAAAAGUUUAUUAAACAGCAUCUGUCAGAGUAUCUAGUACUUUUUCAAGAAAACCAAGAUGUUGCCUGGCUGGACAAAAUUGACAGACGCUAUGCCUGGAUAAAACGCCAGCUUGUGGACUAUGAGGAGAAAUAUGGCCGUAUGUUUCCACGUGAGUGGUAUAUGACCGAGAGGAUUGCAGUAGAAUUUUGCCACGUGACAAGGACAGAACUUGCCAAGAUUAUGCGUACCAGAGCUAAGGAAAUUGAAGUGAAAUUGCUUCUUUUUGCUAUUCAGAGAACAACUAACUUUGAGGGGUUUCUUGCAAAACGCUUCUCCGGCUGCACCCUGACAGAUGGAACUUUGAAAAAACUUGAGUCUCCACCCCCAUCUACCAAUCCCUUCCUGGAAGAUGAUUCAGCACCAGAAAUGGAGGAGCUGGCGGUGGAGAAAGGAGACUUAGAUCAGCCAAAGAAGCCUAAAGUCCCAGAUAAUCCAUUUCAUGGCAUUGUUUCCAAGUGUUUUGAGCCUCAUCUCUACGUGUAUAUUGAGUCCCAGGACAAAAACCUUGGAGAGCUGAUAGAUCGAUUUGUGGCUGAUUUCAAAGCCCAGGGACCACCUAAACCCAACACUGAUGAAGGGGGCGCUGUGCUCCCCAGCUGUGCUGACCUCUUUGUCUACUACAAGAAAUGCAUGGUGCAAUGCUCUCAGCUCAGUACUGGGGAACCAAUGAUCGCUCUGACCACCAUUUUCCAGAAGUACCUCCGAGAAUAUGCCUGGAAAAUCCUCUCUGGCAACCUGCCCAAAACCACAACAAGCAGUGGCGGGCUGACCAUUAGCAGCCUCCUCAAGGAAAAGGAGGGCUCAGAAGUAGCCAAGUUUACUCUAGAGGAGCUCUGCCUUAUCUGCAGCAUCCUGAGCACAGCAGAGUACUGUCUGGCCACCACCCAGCAGCUAGAAGAAAAACUCAAAGAAAAAGUUGAUGUAAGUUUGAUUGAACGAAUCAAUCUGACUGGAGAAAUGGACACAUUCAGCACUGUCAUCUCCAGCAGUAUUCAGUUGUUGGUUCAGGACCUGGAUGCUGCUUGCGAUCCUGCCCUGACUGCCAUGAGCAAGAUGCAGUGGCAGAAUGUAGAACACGUUGGUGACCAGAGCCCCUACGUCACCUCCGUCAUUCUUCACAUUAAGCAGAAUGUCCCCAUCAUCCGUGACAACCUGGCUUCCACACGGAAAUACUUCACUCAGUUCUGCAUUAAAUUUGCAAACUCUUUUAUUCCCAAAUUCAUCACUCACCUUUUCAAGUGCAAGCCAAUUAGCAUGGUGGGAGCAGAACAGCUGCUGCUGGACACCCACUCCCUGAAGAUGGUGCUGCUUGACCUCCCUUCCAUCGGCUCACAGGUGGUGAGGAAAGCACCUGCCAGUUACACUAAGAUUGUUGUGAAAGGCAUGACCCGGGCUGAGAUGAUCCUCAAGGUAGUGAUGGCCCCUCAUGAACCUCUGGUGGUGUUUGUUGACAACUACAUCAAACUCCUUACGGACUGCAACACAGAAACCUUUCAGAAGAUACUGGACAUGAAGGGGCUGAAGAGGGGCGAGCAGAGCAGCAUGCUGGAACUCUUCCGCCAGAGGCUCCCUACCCCACCCGCAGGGGCAGAAGGCUCCAGCUCACUGUCCCUGAUGGCUCCAACGCCGGAACAGGAAUCAUCUCGCAUCCGCAAACUCGAGAAACUAAUUAAAAAGAGACUGUAGGAGCAUACAAGGGGUACUUUUUUUUCCCUAGCUGGUGACCCUCAGCACCAAGUUCCCUGGAAGCCCCCCAGCCUCUCCUGUGCUCCCUGUGACUCUCAGAUCAGUCUUGAAACUUUCUGGGACAUUUGGGUUGUUUAUGUGUCUCUCCCAUGCCCUGUCUUACUUCCUGUCCUAAUCGAAGAAGCCAAGUAAGGGCUGGGUUAUAAAAAGGCAAUUUAGACUGCCUCUGAUUCCUGAAGCAGAGGCAGCAGCGGGUGAAAGGUCCCUGAUUUUCAGUUGCUGUUCCUGGGCUGCUCUUGACUGGUCAAAUUGUCAUUGACUUGUGUAGCCUCACCAUGGCAGUCAGACCCUCUCACACGAUGUCUGUUCCCUACCACAUGCCCACCCAGGCAACUUGGAUGAGGAAGCCAGCAUCUCAUUCUGUCCUCCCCCUGCUACUUUUUGAAAUUACCUCUGCAGCCAGAAGGCCGAGAGUUCCCCCCCACCGGGUUUGGCUCUCGGGCUGAGGUAGUAAAGUGGCAAAUCUCAGGUGCAGGAAACUAGCCUCUGUGAAGGCAGUGGAAGCCUGCACCUCAUCCAGUAAAUCCUGGUGCCUGUACGUACUGUGCUCCCGGUACUUUUCAUGACUUGGCCAAGUUACCCAAGUGUUCUCCCUAUUUCUCAGUAAUCUACAAAGGAGAGAUGCCCUCUGUCAGACAGGAGGGUUACAUGUGCCAGGCCUUAGAAGCAGAUGGCCUCUCUGCUAUGGGACUGCUGACCCAAGCAUAGGGCAAACCCAGAUCUGACUUAGAGAGAGGGUUCUGCUUGGCACGCUUACUGGAUUAUGUGAGUAGAUUGUUUUCUCCUUUUCUUUAUUCCCACUCUGCUCCUGAGAGAUUGCCUUCUGUACAGGGAAAGCAGAAAGUUAUCUUGGAAGAUAAUUCGUAGGCUUUCUUCUCAGAUGAAGCUAUGGGAAAGCUCAGGACGCCCGUAUCAUCUAAUUCCUUUUCUACCCACCCACUUUCAAAUCCAAAGUACUUUCCAGAGACAUCUGAAACAACAAAGGUGAUAUGCAGUGUCAGAGUGACACAUUACCGUGUUACUAACAAGAAAGAACCUGGGUCCAUGGAUGCCUCAGGAACAGAAUAUUGACCCAACACCAGAUUCAGAAGCUGGCAGAGCCCAGAACGCUGCCUGACCCCAGCCUGCACUUCCUGUCCACCAUUGGCUGUUGGCAGCAGAGCUUUGCAGAAGAGAAUUGCCCUAUAGAACUGUGUCAGUCCCCUUGUAUCAUUCGGUAUCCAGAGAACAGGCAACAAAUCAGGUGGUUGCCCUGAUUCGCUUGGUUCACUUGACACCAAGCCUCAGUUACCAUGACCACAACUGCCGGGUAACCAGUGUUGGUGUCAGCUUUUGUUCAGGAAUUCUGUUUGUUGACCAGGUGUUGAGAGCACUGAGGAGAAAGGUGGAGGUCUCUACAGAAAAUGCACAUAACAGUCCUCAAGAUAAAAUUGGUAUAUCAAAUAGCACUCAGAAAUAAGUUUUCAGGGCACAAGAAGUUUUGGAAAUCUGUUAAACUUAUGAUAACCAUACAGUAGGAAAGUUUAAGGUUUGAAAAUUUGCCCAGAAACAUUGAUUAUCUGUUCCCAUCUUGCCCUCCCAUCAGCCUUCCUCCCUGACUCCAUCCAGCAGUCCCAACUUGGAUCUGGGGCCUCAUUUUCUCAUCAGCUUCCAGCCUGUUCUUGCUCAUCAACGCAGCUCUUAUGCACAGAGCACCUCAAAUUCGAGAAGAAAAGUGGUGGAGGGAAGAGGUGUGGCCUUUAAUUGAGCUCUAUUAGGGAAAGAUUCUAAAUAAAACAAGUGCAGGGAGGGUAUUGGGAAACACCUGGGAAGCCUGGUAGGUAGAUUCUGCUCAGCUGUGGUGGUGUUUUGGUAGGUUAUACAGCCUGCGCUAAUUGAGAAGGGGUGGUGGGCCCAUCUCCAAACAGCACAGCCAACUCAGCUGUCUGUCGUUGGCCUAGGGGAGCUGGAAAAGCUGGUGGACUCCUGCACCUGGUUCUUGUCACUCUCGGUGUUUACAGAUCCACACUUCUUUUUGGUUCAUUUGUAAGGAGUUGUUUUCUGGACACCUCCAUAAUGGCAUUGAGAUGUCAAGCUGCUAUUUUCCACGGUUGGUGGUCACAGCCAAGGAAGUUGCUUUUUAGAUUUAUUACAUUGUCAGUAAUCCCCAAAGAGCCAACAAAUGUCAGUAGGAGUUAUGUUAAAUAUCUCAUUGAUGGGGACUGAAUACCGUUUGUGCAUCCUGUAAAGACAGAGUAUGUUCCUCUACCGGGGGUAUGCAUCAAAGCCACCUGGGACCCUUUUAAAAAAGACAGAUGCCUAGAGAUAUUUUGAGUCAGUAAGUCUGAAGUGGGGCCUAGUAUAUAGGUUUAAAAGUUCCAUAGAUGACUAUAAUGUUUAUUCCUUGUUAAGAACCACUACAACAGAGAGAAAUUUUGCCUUAUUGAAGAGUUCCUAUAGCACAUUUUCAUAAAUGUAUAUUUUUGUGCUUCUCUAAGUAACUAUAACUACUGUACAAUUGAGCUGGUAUCAACAUGGUAAAGAUUCUUUGCUGAUAGCUAGCAGCUUAUAUUUUAAACUUGUAUUGUUGGUAGGGACCGAGCCCAAUUGCCAGGAAUUGGCCCCUUCCCAUAUUCAUUAGGAUUCUUGCUGUUUUGAUGUACAAGCCCCAAACAGAAGCUUUGUUUAUUAUUGUCACUUCAAAAUAACACAUGUAAAGGAGCACCCAUUGAUAAAAGCAGCAGCUAACAAGUUUGUGGUUCAGCUAAACUUACAAAUUGUGCCCAUUCCUUCCCCCCACUUUCUCUAGUCCCUUUAAGAACCAGAAAAUGAAAACAACUUUGAAGUUACUCUGUGGUUAAAAUAAAUAUUCAUAACUUAUAAUCAAUAAAGAAUUUACUGCUGCUCUUAUUGUGGACAGACUUCCCUGAUAGCUGACUUAGAGGUGCCCAGGCCAGAGAAAAUUCUGUUUGGACUCUAACAGUGAAACAGGAUCCACAAUGGACAGGGUGUUUUGUCCUCCAAAUUCAGUUCUGGAAUGAAGCUGUCAGUCCUCCCUCUCUCACAGAAGAACCAGUGCCCAGGACUCAGCCCACCACCCAAAAGGGGUGCCUGCUUUCUCAUGCUCCUCAGUGCAGACCAGACAGCAUUGAGAGCAGACAAAUCAAGACCAGCGCAAUGGUGUUGGGGCAGAUAAGGCAACGAGCAGGUCCGAGGCUGCGCCCUGAUGUGGGGGAUAUUACAGCGGCCCAUGCUGAGUUGCUGCUGGACAAGGAAACCCAGUUCCCUAUUUACAGAAUGCUAGAGGAAAUCCAAAAGCACACAGCUGGAAAUGUAAUUCCUCUCCUUAGGAAGAGGAAUCUCAAAAUAACUAGCUUUGCUUGAGGCUGAAAGGGUGAGGGCAAGUCACACUUCUUGUCUACCCGAGUCAGAUUCCUAAAAAUAAAAUUGUCAGAACUGCAUUGGGCCAUUUAAGCAACAGCCUUGGAAACACAGACACGUGAAAGGCUGGCAUACAUAGAGUACUAUUGCAUUUUUAUAUAUUAAAUUAAAAUUUCUGGUCUCAUUCUAGUAUUUAUCAAAAUAGAUAGCCUCUUGGACCCUCAAAGUUCUACACCUUUGGGAGAUAUAAAUUUCUUUAAAAGGAUUGCUUUUUUUGCUUUUUUUGUGUAAAUAUCAUUUUCCCCAUCUGGAAGUGAUUUCUUCAUACAUAUUGGAGCACAAAAUUCUGCAGUUAAUUAAAGCAUUACUGGGUGUCAUUUGCUAGAAUGUAUUUCCUUACUGCUGACAGAAAACAGAACGGACUAUAGGAAAGAAUUAGCAAGGCUGUGAAGCUUGGGCUCCCUCUCCCCGCCCCCCGCCCCGUACUUCCCCCAGUAACUGCCCUUCUCCCUGAUGAAGAUGCGGCCUUCCCUGACGGUCUAAGGGAACAAUGCAUGAGAACAGAACGUGGUAGGCAUGAGACAGGUCCUGACCUGUCCAGCUGCAGUGGAAACCUCCUGUAAACAUGUAUAAAGUGUUCUGCUGCUGAUUUGGAACCCUCCUUGCAUGCUGAAUUUCUAUCCUAUUGCCUUUCCCUUUUCUGUCCUUACAGUUCCGAUCACAGCCUGCUUUUCCAUGUGACUGCCAAGUGAUUUCUCUCCU